GGGAAUGAAAAAUAAAAGUUAAUGCCAAGUUUCGCCAACCUGCCUCGCCCGAAAGUCUCAUACUGAAGCUCAUUAUUGCCCUAGACAUAAAGUUGUAUGCCUCGACGGGGGGUCUAAGGUUGACGAAAAGCCCCUGAGCGCCAGGGGGUGCUGACGAGGGGGAUGCUUGUUGGAAGUUUUAAUACGCUUGUCAUGGCCAGUACUGCUACCCGAUAUUGUUAGCUUAGUGAUUUAGAAACAGUUCCGAUCUGAGAAAGAUAUAGUAAAUUCCUGAUGCCUCUGCACUGGUGGCUCACGAACCGAAAACGAGUCCAAUGUCACUGCUGCCGUAUAUUUACUCACCGCUACCCAUCUUCCUAACGGCGGAUGUCUGAGAACACAUCUCUUUCACCUCACCGCCGUCGAAUUAUUGAACACUUUCAUUCUACCAUUUAAUUCUUCCUUUGAAUAGUCUGAUGUUACUAUAUGUGACAGCUUUCGAACCUCCAGAUUCUGCUUCAACAAGAUACUUUUCGGCUCUGCUCCACCGCAUAAUAAUACGCAACAAGAUCCCUUGAGAUCUCACAGAAUUACGAACGAAGCCCCUUAUCCUCUAUUCAUAAUCCCCGUGGACGCCUAUCUGAUCCUCAACACUUUCUGCUUCUCAGAACAUCUCGAAAGACCUUGUUACCAUGUCCUCUCCGUCUGCAAGCACUUUCCCGUCACGGCAAGGUCAGAAUGGCUCUGCACUAAGGUAGUUAUUCCUCUGGUUGUGAAGACUCGAUAAAAGCUAAUAAUUCUAGCAACACGGAGUAUAACACUCAAGAUUGUUAUUACAAUGACAUGAACGGGCAUCCCGAAUACUUAUACCAUACGAGCACGAUGAGCUUCUACGAACAUCAACAACCAACACACACUUCACCCGAGCAUAGCACCGAAUAUAGCCACUACGCCAACGGCACUCCACAAAACUUCUCAGGAUCAACAGGCUAUCUGUCACCCCACAAUUACCAGCAAAACCAAACUCCUUUGUAUACAGCGGCUACAGUUUACCCUGCUAGCUCUUCGAUGUAUCCUCCAGGUAUUUCUGAUGAAGAUAUUCACAACCCGCCGGUUCAUGACCCAUCGGUGAACCGGACCAACCCAAACAACAGCUACAUUGUUCGAACAUCCACCCCAGCUGGUAGCUCACAACCACGUACCUCUGGCCAUAACUGGAGGGAGAACGACUCUCGCUCACAGCAUAGACAAACAGACCAACUGUCUCUGCCCCCUUCGCAUCAAGCGCAACGAUAUAUUGAGAGCCAAACGACAGAAGAAAGAAUUCGGCUUGGUUUUCCUCGGUUCGCUGAUUGGCAGCAAGAGAUCGAGUACUACUCGCAUGUUGGCUCCAUUGGGGGGCAGUGAAGGGUUUGACUAUUAUCUUGGGCCAAAGUUCCCUUUGAGGUUGCGGCAGGAGACCGAUGGGUUCGUAUUUUUGUUUCGGUUGCGGAAUAUGAUCUUGAUGGCAAGUGCAUUGCUAUUUCGAGUCGAUUUGAGGUCGAAACUUGGGCUAAGGAAGGGGUUUGCCGAAGCAGCCGGUUUGCUCUUUCUGUAAAUAUUGAUAAUUUGGUUGUUCGACAGUAUUCUUUUUCUUCGUUUUGACCUCUGGUAUGUGGUUGUAACUCUUUUCGAUGUUCUCUGUCGAUUUUCCUUCAACUUGUGUAUUUUCAAUAAUGUUUUACUUCGGGAUCAGGAUCAUGUUCUUCUUGUUCCCUCUUAUCAUUUUCAGCCCGGUGCUGUUCUUACAUUCUGGGCGGCUUGCAGCCGCUGUUGCAACCUCCUUUCUACUUCUACACAUUCGCAUGAUUGCCGAGGUAUCAACAACCUACGUAACAUUCACAAAGACCGAAUUUUCUAGCGAAUUCUUGACUGUAUUGGCUUUUUGCUUAGUGUAAUUAUAUAUGCUUAUUUAAUUGAUGUUACAAUUGAACCUAU